GUCCUUUGUUACAAGCUACAUAGCCACAGCUAAACCUUCCUCUCCUCCUAAUAUGAAGUAUAUCGAAAUUCCAGCUCUGAGCAGACUGGCUCAGUCUCUAUCUCAUGAAGGCCCAGAAUGCUCAGUAAACGUACGAAUGGAAGCGUACUCUUGCAAGAACAUCAAACGCGACAAGAAGCUAUUCAAGUCCCUCGAGGAAGCCUAUUCCAAUGACCAUCACACCUCCGAUUCACCCCCGCUUGCAGCGACCCUACUCGAGCCUGAAAUGACCCCCUUUGGUCCUUUCGACAAUCAUUCAUCUCGGAAAACACUCUACCUUCUUAUUUCCACUCUCAACAUCGCAUUUCCUGACCACGAGUUCUCUGACGUCCGUCCCGCCCAAUUCAAUCGCGAAGAGAGCGGAGCUUCAGUCCUGAACUCUCUCAGUACAACUUUAGUCGCUCCUCACAGAGCUGGCAUCAAUGCACCCAGGACCUAUGGCAGUUACCCCAGUAACUCCCCAGACUUAUUCCCAUCGUCCUCGACCUCUGGUGGAGGCAUGACAUCCAUGUCUCCUUUGUCACUCAGCAGCAUGUCAACCAUGCCAAGAAGCCCCUUCAGUCCUCCUCCCAUCGUGGCCGGCACGCACCCCAAUGUGUACAGGCUCGUGGACGACGUCAUAGGUUUGGAAGAAUGUGAAGUUUACUCAUACACGCCUGAAAUUGAAAGUGACCCCCAUGCUGUCGGUGAUUUCGACUCGGACGAUGAAGAAGAGUUGCGAGAUGACGAUGAUGAGGACGAGUACGGGGGAAUCAGAAUCUCAACCAACAAGAACGGCCGGUGGGACGAGGAUGCCACAUUCGAGUUUGACGACUAUGAUAUAGACGAGAGUCCCAAGGGUUCCAACCUGAAUUAUCUAUACUCGUCCCGUCGUCCUCCAGCUCGAAAGCACGCUCACAUACAUCCAGAGAACAGCGCCAGUAGUAGCACUACCAACUCACCCGAUGUACCAAAUAACCCUGCAAUUCCAUCUAGCAUACGACCCUAUCGUUCGAUAUCGGCGCCCCAGAGUGGUUCUAAGGGAAAUCAAUUACCCCCUCGUGACAACAGCAUGGCAAAUGCUUUUACUACGCCUGUCACCAUGAAAUACCAAUCGAGACGACGGUCGAGUCGCGGCGCCUUGUUAUGGUCUUCGCAUUGGUUCUUUCUCAACAGGAAGCAGAAGCGAAUUUUGUUUGUUUCCGUGUGGGCGAGGUCGAGAGGUGUUGGCAGAACGUCGUGGGAUGAAGGAGAGGAGGAAUUGGAGGAAGGUUAUCCCUCGCAUGGAUUCAGUGGAGAUGAUGAUAAUUUCGCCGAUUUCGACGAGGACUACUCGGUCUUAAUUGUGGAUGAGCCUACCGUGAAUACUGUGAAGAGAGAAGAUAUUGAAGUCGAUGGAAGUAGUGGUAUCGGAAACUUCGAAAAAGAGAGGUUCGUUGGAUGGGAGGGGGGUGCUGGUGCUGGUGCAAGGGUUAUCGGACUGGUUCAAGGAUGAAUCGUUACGACCUUUCUUGAAGUGCAAUUUCAGCUGCGUGGAAUAGUACAGAACCUCUGCCAUAUACUAUUUUUCUUGACUUUCUGACUCCUCUCGUCUUGACAGUCGAUCGUGUUUCUUGAUGCUAUGCCUUUCAGCUUCUCUUUUCUUGGCUUUGAUCUCUCUACUUUAGUUUGCAUGUUCUCGCUAUUCAUCGUCAGGACGUCAAGUAUGUUACUCACCGCCCCCAUAUAAUCUUCUGUAGAAAUUUUAGGCUGAUUUUGCUGAAGCCGUCUUCAUUGCCUUGAGGGGUAGUCGUGGUA